AUGUCCACCUCGAUAUCCUCCAUGCAAAACCCCUCCUGCCUCCUCUACGGCGCCGGAGACUGCCGCUACGAAGACCGACCCAUUCCCAGCAUCGAAGACUCAAACGACGUGAUAAUCCGCAUCGCGUACACCGGCGUUUGCGGGAGCGAUGUAAGUUUCUGGGUCCACGGCGGGAUCAAACGCCGCAUAACGCCAGAAAACCCAGUCGUGAUGGGCCACGAAGCAUCCGGCACAGUACAUGCAAUCGGAUCCAACGUCCACCAUCUGCAACCCGGCGAUCCGGUGGCCAUCGAGCCCGGAUAUCCGUGUCGGCGUUGCGAGCUGUGCAAAGCGGGGCGAUACAAUCUUUGCCCGGGGAUGAAAUUCGCUGCAGUCCCGAGUAGUUGUCAUGGGACGCUGACCAGGUUUUUCAAGAUCCCCGGGGAUUAUUGUCAUUCGUUAGUGCCGGCAACAUCGGGAUCGGGAUCAGGUUCAGGAUCCAUAGACUCAGCCCCAAAGUCGGGCUUAGGACUCGACGAAGCCGUACUAAUGGAACCCUUAGCCGUGGCAAUCCACUCCGUCCGCUCCGUAGGCGUUAUACCUGGGAGCCGGGUAGUGAUAUUCGGAGCCGGCACGGUGGGCCUGUUAUGCGCGAGCGUGGCGCGCGAGUUCGGCGCUAAACAAAUCAUCGUUGUGGAUGUGAACGCACAAAAGCUGGAGUUUGCAGAGAGUGUGGUUCCGAACCCGCAUGUCUCUUUCGGAACAUACAUCCCCUCGUCGACGCUCUCGGCUGAAGAAAAUGCCAGCAAUAUACUUGAGCAGUUUGAUUCCGCGUCCCAUCAUAGCGGAGGAUCAGAGAUUCCGGGCUUCGAUGUCGCGAUCGAAGCUACUGGCGCUGAACCCUGCGUUCAGAUGGGGAUUCAUGUCCUGAGGGCUGGGGGUGCGUAUAUCCAGACGGGGAACGGGAAGAGGAAGGUGGAAUUUCCGAUUGCGACGGUGGCGGAAAAGGAGAUCACGGUGCGAGGAUGUUUUCGGUAUGGACCUGGGGAUUUCCAGCUGGGGGUGAGAAGGGCGAGUGAGGGCAGGAUUCAGGUGAAGAGGUUUAUUACGAAAGUGGUGCCAUUUGAGAGGGCAGUGGAGGCGUGGGAGACGACGAGGAGGGGAGAGGGGAUUAAAACUUUGAUUAAGGGGGUUGAGGAUUGA